GGGAGGCCAAGCUGCGGUGUCGCCCAGUGCUAACAAAUUAUGAUAGAAGGCUGCAGACCGCAAGAUGACAGCUUGAGUUCGCACAGGGAGGAUAACAGCUUACCGUGUGUCGACCAAGUUGGUGGGAGGGAAGCAUGAGUUUCUCAAGAUGCCAAAUACUUCCAUCGAUCAGGUGGAACACGCGCUGAAGUCUCACCUCUCGUCGCAUGCAGGUCCUGUGUCCAGUCCGGUCAGGCGACACCAGCGGCUGGCAGACACCAGUCUCAUGGGGACUUCAUUUACAAAGCAAAAUAAAGGAAAAGAAAACCUUCCGCUGAGUGCUGACGACAAAGAUAUUCUGCCGAGCAAGUCAACAGUCUAGCGGAGCAUCCUCGUCUGAAGCUGUUGGGGAUAAGUACAUGGUACACCCGUUACUUGAUGUUGUGACUAGUACAUGUACACCCGACGUCCGACAUCUUAGACCCACUGUGACGUGUGUGAGUGGCUCACUGGUCAACUGUCGCCGGACAGCUCGCCCUAAAGACAGCCACAAGUCUCGCCUCUACCUGCAUCGUCUGCUGCCUCCCAUGAAUAAAAUGAUGUCGAUGGUCAAGAAGAAGGAGGAUCCUGCCAUCCCCCUGGUUGGUGAGCACAACAGUCACUUCCGUCGCUACACGGAUCCCCGCAGAGACCUGGCCUUUGACAACGAGGCCUGUCAGAACGACUGGCGAGCGCAGCAGGAAGUGGAGGAGGACAAAGUGCCCCCGCCUAUCGUGACGUCACAACCCAGGCUUAGCGUCCUGGGAGGUUCCAGACCCAGUCGCUGGGACAACAUCAGCUACCGCCUGCUGCGGCGCAAGCAGUUGCUAUGGAGAUGGCGCCUGCUGGUGGACCUGGCGGUGGCGGUGGCGGGCUUGGGUGUGGUGGUGAUGCUGGCGGAGACAGAGCUGUACAUCCAGGGGAUCGUGUCCAAGGCUGACCCCGUCUCCUGGUUCUUGAGGAUGGUGGUGUCGCUGUCCACCGUCGUGUUGCUGCUGACUGUGGUGGCCUACAACGUCACCAGUGUCCAGAUGACCAUGGUCAACAACAGCCUAGACGACUGGAGGCUUGCCGUCACCCCGCCCUUUGUCUGCAAUGUCGCCCUGGAGCUGGCGGUGUGCUCUGUCCACCCCCUUCCUGUCAGCCUGCACUCCGGCCCUCAGCCCAAGCUGGAGAGUGUGCUGAGUGUCCUCAUGUUCCUGCGCCUCUACCUGCUGGCCCGCUUCCUGGUCGUCCACUCGCGCUACCUGACCGACACCGCCACCCGCAGCCUGGGCGCCCUCAACAAGGUGCGAAUAGACGCCCUUUUCGUCUUCAAGGCGCUGAUGUCGGAGUGGCCGGGCAGCAUGCUGCUCAUCUCCAUGGUCGCCAUCUUCUUGCUGUCAGGCUGGAGUGUUCGCACGUGCGAGGCGUACGUGGCUCUGGCCGAGCACAGGGCCCUCAACGAGACGCCGGCCGGGUACAUCCCAGAAGCCUUCUGGUUCUCUGCCAUCACCUUCCUCACUGUCGGCUACGGAGACGUCGUGCCCAGAUCCGAGUGCGGACGGGUGGCUGCUGUAGCGACGGGGUUGCUGGGUGUGGGUGUGACGGCGUUGCUGGUGGCGGUGCUGGCCACCAAGCUGCAGCAGUCCCGCGCCGAGAAGUACGUGCACACCUUCAUCUCGCGCAUAGACCUGGACAAGCGCCAGAAGCACGCGGCCGCUGACGUCAUCAAGAAUGUCAUCAAGCUGUGGCGCAUGCGCGGCGUCUCCGGCCUGAGGGCAGACAGGAUGCGGGUGCGCGUGCACGGCAAGCUGCUGCAGGCCAUCCGCAACAUGCGCGAGGCCAAGACGGCGAAGGUGAACAUCGGCGAGGCCGCAGUUGGGGUCAUCGAGGUCAACUCAGGCGUGACCGCCCUGGCGCGCACCACUGAACUUUUGAUGGUGCAGCUGGAUGCAGUCAGGGAAAAAACAGACGAGAUGGAGAAUCACCUCUUCGCCAUGGAUUCCAAGCUCGACACGAUCGUAACGGCGAUGCGACAAAGGUCGACAUGAAGCAGCCUUCUGUCCGUCCGUUUCCUUUUCUUCUUGCAAUAGUUGCUGACACCUGGCAGUGACCCGCCAGGGGCCGUAAUUAUGACACACCACGGGGCUAAGGUCAUGAAACAAGGUGAGGUCACCUCAGGUUAACUAUGUCACGAAACAGGCGGAGACCCCCGUCUUGUGCUGGGUGCACACCUACCUGUCGACAGAAGCUCUGCGUGCAUCAGUGGGAGAUAAGCAAACACCGUGGUACGCACAUACCUCUGGUUUAUGAUUACGGCUCCUGGGGUGAGGUGUACAUCACAUUCAUCUGUGUGUGUGUCCAAUAGAUACUAACGAACCAUGAUGGUCAGGUCAGAACUUGUCCUCAAUACCACGUCUUUCUUGGUCUGUAAACAUCAUAAACCUCUCUUUGCUGGAUUUUUGUUGUCUUACACUGAGCGACUGCACGUGCGGUAAGCUUGACUUCCACCUCCUCACCCCACCCUCUUCUAUCAAACUACUGUAUACAAGAAAUUAUAUGUACUAGGAAGCCACACAUUGUCAUUAUUGAUAUUGUAAUUUAAAGGUCACCAUUCUUGCCACCAUGCAAGUUAUGUGUUGCUUGGUAUCCCUCAGACGAGGUGUCAGUGAGAUUUCAUCUUAAUCCGUCAGUGAUGUUCCCUAGUGCUGUUACUGUCUGUCUGUCUGUCUGUCUGUCUGUCUGU